AUGUAAAUGUCGCGAUCGACUUGAUUAGAUUAGUGCAGGUCUGCGUAUUUUUCCUGUUUAAAGUCGGUUGUGUGUUUUUGAUCUUAUUUACAAAGUUGACUCCUGUAUCCGUUCCGUUAUUACGUAAAUUUUCGCUAAAUAUUAUUAAAUCCAAGUCCUCGCGAUGAAUCGUUGAACAUAACCCCCUAAUUGUCUCUUAUUACGAGAUGUCCCAACUCCGAAUUCAAGAACGACGAUUUUCUAUCUAUCUAUGAGUAGAAUCGCGCUGUGAUAUAGUGUCUAAAAGUAAACAUUGGUGAUUGACGACGUUGCAAAGAUUGGCAUCAACAUGGGACUUUUAUUCUCGAAAAUCUGGAGCCUUUUCGGAAAUGAAGAGCACAAAAUCGUGAUGGUGGGGCUGGACAAUGCCGGAAAAACAACAAUUCUUUAUCAGUUCCUGAUGAACGAAGUUGUACACACAUCUCCAACGAUUGGCUCCAAUGUCGAGGAAGUAGUUUGGAAAAAUAUUCACUUUAUAAUGUGGGAUUUGGGUGGUCAGCAGAGUUUACGAGCUGCUUGGUCCACCUACUACACAAACACCGAAUUUAUUAUCAUGGUGAUAGAUAGUACAGACAGAGAAAGAUUGACUGUGAUAAAGGAAGAAUUGCACUCGAUGCUGAAUCAUGAUGAGCUCAGUAAAGCAAAAGUUCUAGUCUAUGCAAAUAAGCAAGAUUUAAAAGGCAGUAUGACUGCUGCUGAAAUUUCCAAGGAGCUGGGCCUCACUUCGAUCAAAAGGCAUCCUUGGCACAUACAAAGUUGUUGUGCUUUAACUGGCGAAGGAUUAUACCAGGGGUUGGAAUGGAUCGCCGGAAAGUUGAAAAAAACAUGACGUCCAUUAUGAGAGACAAGCCAGGAUUUCUGCGAAAGAUUCGAAUUGUAAAAUAAUUACAAGUCACAGGGGACGAUGUCACUUUGAUGGUUGUACAAAUUUGGUAAUAUGUAAUUCGAGAUAAGAUUCCUUUCUCGGCUAAAUUGAAAUUUAGUCUAAUCUUACGCUAGAAAAUUAUGAGUAACGGUGGAUGGGAAAAAUAGAGAAAUAGUGAAAGUUAUUUUUUUAUUUCCCACGGAAGAGAUGUAAAUUAAGUGGAAGGAGUCGAGAUUCCAAUCUACUGAGAGAGACUGAUAAUUCUGGAGGGCUUAUAAAAACAAUUGAUAAGUUGGUGAAUUUUUAAGUUCUCGUCGAUGAUGUACAAUUUUAAUUUUUUUAAUUUUCUCACUCUUGUAAUAUAUCUAUCCAUUCUGCGCCUGAACUUUAGAUUAUCAUUGUUUAUAUAAUAAAUUCCCAUCCGCCUUUGAAAGUAGAAUGAUUGAAACUGUUGGUUGUGUUCAGUUCAUGUGUAAUCAAGCAAACUGUCUGGCUUCUUGUGAAACGAAAAGGAUCUCUAUAUAUUUUAUACAUCUUCGUCAGAAAUUACUGGGUGUAAAAUAUUAAUUUUACCACUCGGGUGGCAUUCCCAGUGGGUAAAAAAAAUAUAAAAAUUCCAAGAACGUCCUUGGGAAGUUCCUAGGAUGUCCAAUGUCAGUCCAAUUUUUUUCUAAGUUUGGAAAGCUAGAAUUCUCCUUGAAUUUCUCAUGAGAAACUUGAAUUUGCAUUUUUGUUUUGAUUUUAUAACAUUUUUCGAGAGGUUGAUUACUCGGUUUUUGAGUAUACAAUAGCUUGCAAAAGGAUACGAAAUAAUUCUAAAGAUUUCGAAUUAUUUCAAAGCUUUUGUAAUAUUUAAAAGGAUUUUGAAUCUUUCAAAAAGAGUUUGCGCGCAUUUUAAAUACUUGGAAAGGAU